UAGUAAUUAUUUACGGCCACAUAACUAGUGUAGCAGCUUUAAGGCCAAUCCUAAUCACAUUUCUGCCGUUCAGCUCGCUUCAAGUAAAUAUUUACUUACUCAUUCUCAAACUCCAACAUAUUGUGAAUGAAAUUUAAAAGGUCAUGAUUGUUGCUUGCAUUAGUAGAUAUGCAUAAAAAUGCGUGUGGCUGAAGCUAAAGUAGUUAUUCUUGGUGCACAAGGAGUGGGAAAAACAAGUUUCAUUAAUCGGUAUGUUGGUCAUAUAUUUGAACAACAUACAUCUCCUACCAUUGGUGCAUCAUUCUUUUCAUGUAACGUAAGGGUUGAUGAUCAUGAAUUAAAACUUUCAAUAUGGGAUACUGCUGGACAAGAAAGAUUUCGUUCAAUGGCUCCUAUGUACUAUAGGAAAGCUAAUGCUGCAAUUUUAAUGUUCGACCUUACCUGUUACAAUAGCUUUGAAUCCAUGAAAGCAUGGGUUGUAGAACUCGAAGGGCGUCUUGAAGAUCCCAUAAUCAUGUGUGUUGUUGGAAACAAAUGUGACAUGAAUACAUUUCGCCAAGUUGGCAUAAAAGAAGCUUCUGACUAUGCCUGCUCUAUUGGUGCUCUAUACUACGAAACUUCGGCUCUUAGUAGUGAAGGAGUUGAAGGAGUGUUUUUGGACAUUGCUCAAGAGUUAAUUAAGAAGCAUGCAAAAAAUAUGCAGGAAAAUAGAGAUAUAACAUUUCAUGAUGGAAGAAUUAUUAGAGUGGGUUCACAUACAGCAAGGCUUGAAGAUUCAGAUGAAGAAAAGUCCUUCUUAUGUUGCUAAAAACAAAUCAAGUUUUCUUUCCGUGACUGCCAGAAAAUAAAUUUAAACAUCAUGCUGAAUGUAUAUAUUUUUAUAGCGUAUAUAAUGGCAUAUUAGCAGAAAUGUUUUUAUAUAUAUCGUACACAUGGUGCUUUUUACAUUUUAUACUCGCAAUCUUUAAGAAGUCUUGUUAAAAUUUUCCUAAAACUUUGGUCAAGGAAGCAGUAGUUUGAAAUAAAAGAGUUUUAGUCUAAAA